AUGUCGCAAUUAUUCAGCUUUUCCGUGCCCGACCUCGGGCGGCACCGUACCGCCACUAUCGCCGCCGUCGCGCUUCUGCCCGUCAUUCUACCCAGCGUCUACGUCGUAUACUUGAACUGGGCCGUCCAGCGCACCACGACAUGUUCCUCCGGGCAGCUGUCCCAGCCCACCACCACCAUCACCACCACCUCCGCCUCUUCCUCCUCAUCUCGCGCGCCGCCCAGCACGCCCAAGAGCAUUCCCAAGGACGUCCUCGCGCGCCCCGAGGACUGGGUCGUCUGCUACGAGCGCGUAGUCUCGCGGCCCAUCCCCGCCGCCACCCUCGUGCACAAGCUGGUCCGCGGCAGCGAAGCCUCCUCGCCGUCGCCGCUAUUCACAACCUAUCUGCGCGCCACGUUUCGGGCCUUUAGCUGGACCCCGCAGGCGUUUCUAAUCCGGGGCAUGCUCGCCGAGCCCGAGCGCAAGGCGACCUUUGGCGGCGCGCACAUGGACACCCUGAGCUUUGCCGACGGCGACGUGGUGGAUGGCGUGUACAAGGUCACGAGCUACGAGCAGGGCAGGGGCAGGAGCGCAGAGGUGGUUGAGCUGAGCAUCGACAUGCCGCGCUCGUACAAGGGGCCGCCGGUGCGGGGGCUGAUCCUGUCGGCGCUGGAGGAGGAGCAGCACGGAGCGGUGGUGCGGUUCGUGAAUGAGACGUGGCUGUGGCGGAAGAGGGACGAGAAGCCGACGCUGCUCGAGAGUGGUCUCGGGAAGUGGUUUCAUAGCUUGCUGGCGGGGUGGCUGGUGAUCAAGGGCCUGGGAGCUGUUACGCGCAAGUGA